UAGUGUAAGUUGUGUGCUUUUAGGAGGCUGCAUCUGCAUUGCAGAUAAACUGUAGAAAGGACGGGAAGAUAAGUUACUAUGCAUAACAAAUGCGAGUUGUUUCCGAUCCCUCGAAGCAAUACAAGGAGGCAACAGGAUCCUCUUAAACAUUCCCUGUAUCUGUCAUCCGGAAUCACCUACUGAGAAACGCUGGUGUAAAUGACUACUGCUACCUCCCAGACCCAGAUAACCUGCUCAAUCAGCUGCAGCCCCCUGUGGACAGCUGUCUCUCUCGACUGAUGGAAAACUGUCACUAUCUGCUGAAUAGAGGAGAGAGAGGAGCAACACCAACAACAGAAGAAGCAGGAAUCAGCAGCGGCAGCAGCAGUGACGGCUAAGGGAUCUAUUGUUCCCUUGUGUUAGGCAGUUUUUUAUUCUUCUCAACUGACAAUCCGCACCAGAAGCUGAGAGAGGUGACUUCCGACACCAUUCAUGAAGGAAUACUAAUCCCACCCGCUCUCCCAGAAAAAGAAAUAUACUUUUCCGCAAAGGUUUUCCCAUUUAUCUGGUGGAUUAAAGCAUCCAGCUUGAGGUAUGGGGCUGAGAGGGAGAGGUACAGUCUUAGUUAGUGGUCCAAAGGGGACUGCUCCAUCAGCCCAUUGCGUGUGGAUGGUUAUGCUCCUGUUUGGAAUCUGGGGUGCUCAAGCACAGACUGAAAGAGACACUAAAUCUACAUAUGUCUGGAAGACAGGUCCCUGGGGAAGAUGCAUGGGGAGUGAAUGUGGCCUGGGGGGCAGCCAAAGCAGGGCAGUAUGGUGUGCCCACAUAGAAGGAUGGACAACUUUACAUACAAACUGUCUGCAGACCGAAAGACCUGACAACCAGCAAAGUUGUUUUAGGGUAUGUGACUGGCACAAGGAGUUAUAUGAUUGGCAGCUGGGGGACUGGGAUCAAUGCCAACCAGUGGCAUUAAGGAACUCGGGAUCAUAUAAGCGUCCAGAGUGCACAAAAGGAGAGGAGGGGCUUCAGAUCAGGGAGGUGUCCUGUGUCCAAAAAUCCAAUGGAGCACCUGCUGAGGGUGUGAUUUGUGAAUACUUUGAACCAAAACCUCGUCUUGAGCAGGCUUGUCUCAUCCCUUGCCCACAGGACUGUGUUGUCUCUGAGUUCUCCUCAUGGUCCAAGUGCUCUAAGACAUGCGGCAGAGGGUUAGAACAUCGAAUUCGUAGAGUCUUGGCCCCCCCACUUUUUGGGGGUUCAGCUUGUCCCAACCUGACAGAAUUCCAGCCCUGUCAAUUCAGUGCCUGCGAGUCAGAGGAGAGUAUGUACAGCUUGAAAGUGGGUCCCUGGAGCAGCUGCUCUUUGCCCCACUCAAGACAGGCACGGCAGGCUGGGAAGCGAAGGAAGAAUAAAGGCAAGGAGAAGGGGGUUAAGGACCCGGAGACAAGAGAGCUCAUCAAGAAAAAGAGAAACCGAAACCGGCAAAACAGGCAAGACAGCAAGUUCUGGGACCUGCAGAUUGGAUACCAGACACGACAGGUUACCUGCACACAUAAAAAUGGGAAACCUGCUGAUCUGAACCUCUGCACUCAAGAAAAACUUCCAGUCACCUUUCAGUCCUGUAUCAUCACCAAGGAUUGUGAAGUGACCGAGUGGUCUGAAUGGGGUCCUUGUUCCAAGGACUGCUAUGACUUGAACACCCCCAAGGGUGUCCGGACCAGAAGAAGAAGCAUAAAGCAGUUUCCUGUGGGCGGUGGUGCAGAGUGCCCAGAACUGGAGGAACAAGAACAGUGUGCCCCUCAAGGAGAUGGUGUCCCACCUUGUGCUUCGUAUGCAUGGAGAACUACAGAGUGGAGUGAAUGCCGUGUGGACACUUUACUCAGUCAGCAGGAUCGAAGAAGAGGGAAUCAAACAGGCCUUUGUGGAGGAGGAGUACAAACUAGAGAAGUGUACUGUGUCCAAGGGAAUGAAGAUCUUCUCUCCUACCUGAACACACUUAAAGAAAAAGAAGAAAGUCAGUCUGAAAGCAAGCAGAAACCUAGUGUUGCACCACUUCUGUCAAUCACUUUUGAAAUAACAGCAUCCAGACCUGUGGACACUGAGCUGUGUACAGGCCCUGUACAAAAUACCACCAAGCUGUGCCACAUUGUCUGCCCCAUAGAAUGUGAAGUAUCAUCGUGGACAGCUUGGGGGCCCUGCACUUAUGAAAACUGUGAAGACCAAGUGGGGAAAAAAGGUUUUAAAUUGAGGAAAAGGUGGAUCGUAAACGAGCCUAGAGGAGGAACUGGAAACUGUCCCCAUCUCACUGAAGCAAUACCGUGUGACGAGCCGACGUGCUACGAUUGGCAGCUGGUUAAACUCGGAGAGUGCUUACCUGACAAUGAGAAGAAGUGUGGUCCUGGCACACAGACUCCACAAGUGGAAUGUGUCAACAGUGACGGAGAGGAGGUUGACAGACAGCUGUGUGGAGAUGCUAUCUAUCCCACUCCUAUUGUCUGUGAAGUCCCAUGCCCAAAGGACUGUCUGCUCAGCACAUGGUCAAAAUGGUCCUCAUGCUCUCACACCUGCUCAGGAAAAACCACUGAAGGGAAACAGACACGGGCACGCUCUAUUUUGGCAUAUGCAGGUGAAGGGGGAGUUCAGUGCCCGAAUAGCAGUACUCUCCAGGAAGUGCGUGGCUGUAAUGACCACCCCUGUACUGUCUAUCACUGGCAAACUGGGACCUGGGGCCAGUGCAUAGAGGACCCAUCAGUAUCAACUAUUAAUUCUACCACCAGCCGAAGCGGUGAGUCGACCUGCUCAGUUGGAAUGCAGACAAGGAAGGUCAUCUGUGUGAGGGUCAACGUGGGACAGGUGCCACCAAAGAAGUGCCCUGAGAGUCUUCGGCCUGAGACAGUGAGGCCUUGUCUGUUGCCAUGCAAGAAGGAUUGUAUUGUAACACCUUAUAGUGACUGGACUCCCUGCCCAUCAUCAUGUCAAGAAGGGGAUCGUUCAACAAAGAAACAGUCCCGUCAUCGUGUCAUCAUCCAGCUGCCAGCAAAUGGUGGCCAGGAUUGCCCUGAAGUACUGUAUGAGGAGAAGAAAUGUGAGACAUCCGUGUGUCCUGGUUUCAGAUGGAAGACCCAUAAAUGGCGUCGCUGUCAGUUAGUGCCAUGGUAUGUACGUCAAGACAGUCCUGGAACUCAUGAGACAUGUGGACCAGGACUACAAACAAGAGCAAUAUCCUGUCGCAAGCAAGAUGGUGGACAGAGUGACAUUGGCGAGUGCUUGAAGAAUGCCGGAUCUAUGCCUUCUAUAACUCAACCAUGCCAACUGCCUUGCCAGAAUGACUGCCAAUUAACCAACUGGUCUAAGUUCUCUUCUUGUAGUGCAGACUGUGCAGGAGUUAGAACCAGAAAACGAGCACUUGUUGGGAAAAGCAAGAAGAGAGAGCAAUGCAGAAACAACCAAAUGUUCCCCCUCACUGAGACCCAGUACUGCCCUUGUGACAAGUACAACGCCCAGCCGGUGGGGAACUGGUCUGACUGCAUUCUGCCAGAUGGGAAGGUGGAGGUUAUCCUGGGAAUGAAGGUCCUGGGGGACAUCAAGGAGUGUGGACAGGGCUAUCGCAGCCAGGCCAUGGUCUGCUAUGAUCAGAACAACCGCAUCGUGGAAACCUCUCGGUGUAACAGCCACGGCUACAUUGAAGAGGCCUGUAUCAUCCCCUGCCCCUCGGACUGUAAACUUAGCGAAUGGUCCAACUGGUCACGCUGCAGUAAGUCUUGUGGAAGUGGUGUCAAAGUACGCUCUAAAUGGCUCCGUGAAAAACCUUAUAAUGGAGGAAGACCAUGCCCUAAACUGGACCACGUCAACCAGGCCCAGGUGUAUGAAGUGGUCCCAUGCCAUAGUGACUGCAGUCAGUAUGUCUGGGCAGCUGAACCAUGGAGUGUGUGGAGAGUGAGCUAUGUUGAUCUGAAGGAGAACUGUGGAGAAGGUGUACAGACAAGGAAAGUCAGAUGUAUGCAAAACACCAUAGAUGGGCCCUCAGAUCCAGUAGAAGAUUAUCUCUGUGACCCUGAAGACAUGCCUCUAGGUGCCAGAGAGAGCAAGCUGCCUUGUCCUGAAGACUGUGUUUUAUCUGACUGGGCACCAUGGAGUCGAUGUCCUUUGCCCUGUAGUGGAAAUAGCACUCGUGAACGAUCUGCAUAUCCCAUAAGGCAGCCUGGAGAAGGAAAAGACUGUCCCAGUUUCACAGAAACCGAGGCAUGCAGUCUAAACAAGAACUGCUACCACUACACAUACAAUGUCACAGACUGGAGUACAUGUCAGCUGAGUGAGAAAGCUGUCUGCGGCAAUGGCAUUAAAACACGGAUGUUAGACUGUGUUCGAAGUGAUGGCAAGUCUGUCGAUCUCAAGUACUGCAAAGAGCUUGGUUUGCAGACAAACUGGCAAAUGAACAUGUCCUGUGUUGUGGAAUGUCCCGUGAACUGCCAGCUGUCUGACUGGGCUGCCUGGUCAGAAUGCUCUGAGUCCUGUGGCCUGUUAGGGAAAAUGUGGCGUAAGAGAACUGUGAUUCAGCCUUCUCAAGGGGACGGCAGGCCGUGUCCUUCACAGAUGGAGCAGUGGAAACCCUGUCCAGUCAAACCCUGCUACAGAUGGCAGUAUAGUCGGUGGUCUGAAUGCAAAGUUGAGGAUGCUCAGUGUGGAGAAGGUGUGAGGUUCCGGAACAUCUCAUGUUUUGUGUUUGAUGGUUCCAAGGAAGAUAAUGGAAGCACAGUAGAUGAGGAGCUUUGUGAAAAGGUGGAGCCUUCUAUAGAUGGAGACAAAGACAUUAUGCUCGAAGAGAUUUGUGCUGUCCCAUGUCCAGGUGAUUGCUACUUGACCGACUGGACAGAAUGGAGCCCCUGCCAGCUCAGCUGUGUAAAUGGAGAAGUCCUGGAUUUUGGUGCAGUUCAGGUUCGUUCCAGGGCAGUAAUAGCUCAAGAGCAGGAUAAUCAACAGCAGUGUCCAGAACAAAUGUGGGAAUCCCGGCCUUGUGCGGACGGCGAGUGCUAUGAAUACAAGUGGAUGACCAGCUCCUGGAGAGGGUCUUCCCGUUCAGUUUGGUGCCAGCGGUCUGAUGGAUUAAACGUAACAGGUGGCUGUCCUUUAACAAGCCAGCCUGUGUCUGACAGGUCCUGUGAUCCACCUUGCAAUAAACCUCAAUCCUACUGCACUGAGCUUGGAGUUUGUGGCUGUGAGGUAGGUUUUACUGAAGUGAUGACAUCAGAUGGCAUGCUUGAUCAGUGUACCCUGAUUCCAGUACUUGAAAUGCCAACAGUGGGGGACAAAAAGGCAGAUGUAAAGACAAGCCGAGCUAUCAAUCCCACCCAACCGUCCACCAACCAGCCAGGACCUGGAGGUAGAACCUGGUUCUUGCAGCCAUUUGGACAAGAUGGGAAACUGAAGACAUGGGUUUAUGGUGUAGCUGCUGGAGCAUUUGUGCUACUCAUCUUUAUAGUCUCUAUGAUUUAUCUAGCUUGCAAAAAGCCAAAGAAACCCCAGAGAAGGCAAAACAACAGACUGAAACCUUUGACAUUGGCUUACGACGGUGAUGCUGACAUGUAGGCUUCUCAGCAAACACAUGAUCUACAGAGUGAAAACCCAGUGUGUCUGCUACAGCACUGCUGUGUCAAGACAUGCCCCGUCCUGACUGGAUUUGAAAGCUCUGUGGAAUUAUCCAUGCAGGUCUUUGGAAAGCAUGUAAACUAACAAAAAAAAAUGACCUGACUAGAAUGAAUGUUCAAAAGAACCAUUAUACAAGUGCACAGUUUGAAGAAAAUCCACAUUCAGCAGUAGCCUGUUAUAAAAAAACAUUAUAACAAAAAAAACAAAGCAUUUUGUUUUUUGCUCUUUUUUUAGCUGCACAAAAGCCUUCACAAUCUUUACAGACUAAAAUAAAACGGCCUUUGCUGUACAGCUGUGUAUUCUAUGUAUACUGUGCUUUCUACACAAAGGUUACUGCAGCAGAGUAAUAGGCAUGCUCACACUGGAUUGUAUAAAAUACUCACAUGUUGCCAAGAGCUACUGCACUGACACAAAAUGCCUAGUUGGAGGACUCCAUUUCUUCCAUUGCAGCUCCAACACAUUUCCACAACCCUACCUUAUAAAAUUCCAAGACACAUUUUCAAUUUGGAUGUUUCCCUGCAGCUUGUGUUUCUUUGGCAGAUAUACUGGUAGCUAUCUACAACUAAUCAACAUUCAUUUAUACCAUCUUAAAUCUAUUGGACUCCUGCCUGCAACCUUUUGCUACAUUUCAGGCACAUUUUUGCACUAUAUUAGUGCAGCAUGAUAUUCACUUACAUCUAGUAUUGCCAUAGAAAACUGCCUCCUUCAAUGCAGGGUGACGUAGCGUCUUGUGCUAGAUGUUUAAAAGACAUUUCCCAGAAGGAGCAAACCAAUGUGUAUCUGUUAAUUUAAGAGUUCAGUUCUGUAAUGUGACAUAAAAAAAAUCAGUGGAUAUGUGUACAUAAUCGUUCUUGUCACAACAGCAAUUUUGUAAAACCAGUAACCUUUGUGGUCUGUACAGUUUCAGUAUUAUAAGUGUCUACUUUUCUGCCCAACUAACUUUAAAUGCGUAAUUUCCGCAAUGGUUUCUAAUACUGUGAUUUUGAAGGCUGUUUACAACUUGUUGUUUUAUAUUUGUUUUCUAUGAUGCUGAAAUAUUUAAUUAGUUUGCGUGUGUUAACUGAUUCCACAUUUAGAUGAUGUUGUGUGCUAAGGGAUCAAGACAUGUUAAGUAACUAAAGCAACCUAAUCACUGCUGCACAAGUGUAGAUUUCCUUACUUCAUAUAAAGAUCAUUAGCAUCUGCCCUAUCUGGCACAGAACAAGAAAACAUUGUAGACAUACAAAGUUUGUGGGGCUUACAAACCACCAUUGCAUUGUAGACAAAUGCCCAUUGUAAUUGCUUUUUAAGUAACAAAUGCCUAUCACACCUGUAGAUACUGAGCCUUAUUACUGUGUAAACUUAAAAUUCAUUUAGAAGAAGAAACCAAUUAUAUCUGCUGCAGGUUGGUAUAAGGACAUAUAACAGUCUUCUACAGGGGAGCUUUUUUCAGAAAAUGAGCAAUAUCAAUGUUGAAACUUAGCAGAACAUUUUGGACAGCAAAGAGGUAUCACACAUUGAGAAUCAUUAUCAUUUUAUAUCCUACAAAAACAUAUAAAGUGAGGACAAAAAAAUAACAAUUCUGUCAACAUUAUAUAUAUAUAUAUAUAUAUAUAUAUAUAUAUAUAUAUAUAUAUAUAUAGUCACCUCCAAAAUUAUUGGUACCCUUGAUUAAGAUGAGCAAAAAAGACCAUUUCUUUGAGGAUUUUGAUGUGUGCUUGGGGUCAUUGUCUUGCUGGAAGAUCCACUUGCAGCCAAGUUUCAGCCUCCUGGCAGAGGCAACCAGGUUUUUGGCUAAAAUGUCUUGGUACUGGGUAGAGUUCAUGAUGCCAUUGACCUUAACAAGGGCCUCAGGACCAGUGGAAGCAAAACAGCCCCAUAACAUCAAAGAUCCACCACCAUAUUUUACAGUAGGUAUGAGGUUCUUUUCUGCACACGCAUCCUUCUUUCGACGCCAAACCCACCGCUGGUGUGCGUGGCCAAAGAGCUCUAUUUUCGUCUCAUCUGACCAUAGCACCCGGUUCCAAUUGAAGUGUCAAUGCCGUUUAGCAAACUCCAGGCGCUUACGUUUGUUGGUUGCUGUCAAUAAAGGCUUUUUUCUGGCAACCCUUCCAAAUAGCCUAUUGGCAUAAUUGAAGAUUUGGAGACUUGUUGACCCCAAGAUGCAACCAAGUUAUGUAAUUCUCCAACUGUGGCCCUUGGAUUUCCCUUUGCCUCCAAAACCAUCUGCCUCACUGUGCUUGAGGGCAAGAUUCACUUGCGUCCUCUACCAGGCAAGUUUACCACUGUUCCAGUGGUUUUGAACAUCUUAAUUAUUGCCCUAAUAGUGGUAAGUGGUAUAUUUAGUUUUUUAGCUAUUAUUUUGUACCCAUUGCCUGAUUUAUGAAGGUCAACAACCAUUUGUCUCUUUUCAUUUGUGAGUUCUUUGCCUUUCCCCAUGGUGAUGGAUGACAAAUGGAUUUCAUAUGCAUGUUACCUCAUUUUUAUACCCCAGUGAAACAGGAAGCCAUGGAAGGCCACAAUACAGCUCCUUAAGACUGAGAUGAAGUUAAAGAAGUAGAAUUUUAAUGCAGAUUUAAUUUUGGUUGAUUGUAUUUAUAAGAAUCUUUAGGGGUGCCAAUAAUUCUGACACCUAUCUUUUUGAGAAAAUGUUUUAAAACUUUUUCUCUGAGCAAUUGUAUUAGAAUAAAAUAAUAUGGUUUUCCCAUAUAUUUGAGCAUAAAAUAUAGCUCAUUACCUGUGUUUAUUUUAUACAGCCUUUUUUGCUCAUCUUUAUCAAGGGUGCAAAUAAUUUUGGAGGUGACUGUAUAUAUAGUGAUAUAAUUUCCAUUUAUUUUGUUCAUUUCUGUCAAUGUAUGAACUUUGAGUAGCUGAUUAGGGAUUCUACAAACUUGGUCUCUCCCCAAGUUCAGAUUUGGUGCAGUGAGUUUUGUGGGAAGCCUUUAACCACUAUAACAGGGUAUGGGAUUCUUAAGUGCAUUGUCACAACUGUUGGGAUAGUUAUACUGCAUCUAACCUGUAGAUAGGUAGAUCAAAACUGCCGUCAUCAUUCUGCCAAUAGAAAUGAAAUAAGUGAGUUUAGCCAUUCAUCCUCAACACAGUGCAUUCAUGUUCCUAGAAAAGCAGUUUCUACAUCAUUCCAUUUUGAAUUUCAAAGUAAAACUCACACUAAAUACAUUGCAGUGGUUAAAUAUGAACUCAAUUAUACAGUAUUUCACAUGAACACACUAAAUACAUUACAAUUGUUAAACAUGAACUCAAUUAUACAGUAUUUCACAUGUUCCUUGGUGUUACUUUGUGUCAUUUACCCCAGUGUGAAAGCUGCAGUUCACCUAUGACAAUAGGGUGGCAGCUUUUAAAAGAAUGUUUCCUUUUUCAUGUUAUUCUUAUUUUGAUUUGUAAAUAAUGUGUAUUAUUUUUAUUUGAUCAAUUGCGUAUAUUUCUUUUGUAAUAUUCAGUACAAACCUCUAACAGUGUGUGUAUAAUGUUACUAAGCUUUGUUCAGUUAGUACAGAUAUCAUGUAAAGAUGAAGUAACAAGGUUCCAGAGAUUUUUCUUCCAGUUGUUUGUUUGUAACUGAUGAAUUGCUUAUAAUAAAUUAAGAAAGUGUUCAA